AUGGACGCCUACCGACGGUCGAGGGUCGCCGUUGCUCCCACGCGAUCAAGUGCACCGGCAGAGGCAUCUCGAUUACAUCCCUGCGGGUCGUCGCCGGCGCCUCCACCAACAUCGACAACGACGAGGACCGCCAUCACGCCCCAUCAUCGCCAACGCCAGCACCAACACCAGCAACUGAGCCGCCAACACUAACACCAACAACGAAGACGACGACGACGACGACGACGACAAUAGUCCAGGACGGGAAACGUGCUGCUGACGACCACCAUCACACCCUAGCACCAGCACCGGCAAUAGCACGCAGGCUACCGACACCGACAACGACAACGAAGACGACAACAGCAACAGUCCGGGACGGAAAGUGUGCGACGGCUACAGCUAUAGCUGCUGAAGGUGGAACCCCGAACAACACCAACAGCGAUGACGACCACCACCGUCACGCCGCACUAACGCCAACGCUAGCGCCAGCACCGGCAGCCGCACCCAGGCUGCCAACACCAACACCAACAAAAACAACGAUAACUGCAGCCCGGGGCGGAAAAUGUAUUACGGCUACAGCCGGCUUGGCAAGGAACGGAGGCGUUGUUGGUGGCGGACCGGGGGGAGGUGCUCGGAAAAAGCGUCCCCGCCUGGUUUUCGAUCGUAACGCCGCCCAGCUGGUGCGAGACUCAACAGCAGCGGCAGCGGCGGCAUCGGUGGAUAGCUCCAAG